UAUGGUGGUCAGUGCGCUGGUUAACACGUCCUGGUUUAGCUUCCUCCGCCCCACACGCCUUCCUGCACGGUGACACACGUGGCCGAGACAUGGCUGAGCUUCUGUUGUUCCUGUCUUGUCCCUUCCUCGUCAGCUCCUUGUUUCCGUGCUCGGGUGUUGUCCUGGGGGGGAGGGGGCGGCCAGCCCCUCCACCACACGGCAUCAGUUCGUGUUGGCAGCGAUCUCGUCCCCGUUGGCCCCCCCCUGGGAGUCCCGCCUGCUGGCCGCGGUAUAUUUACCACUCAACAGUCUCUAGUAGGACGUGGCGGUGCAGUGUUUGCCUCACCUGUUGCACACUGACUUCCCUAAGCCUCUUUUCGACUUCUUGGAAGAAAAUUGCUUGCUAUAACGCUUGAAACCAUCGUGUACACAGGUAGAAGUGACAGAGGCCUUGCAGCCACACGUGUGACGACGCAGUGAACGAGCGAGAAACUAGGUCGUUGUGGCGCCUCUCGUAGCGGCAGGUCGUGCCAAGUGACGACAGAUGCACCGCGUCGCGGGAAGUGUUGGAGCGUUGUCAUGAGGGGCAGGCCGUUAAGGGUUACGUAACAUAAGGUCUACGUUGUAUUAUUAUUAUUAGAGAAUAACUCAGUGAACAGUGAAGAAAAAUGGCUUUAAUUCAUCUGCAUCUUCCUCGACUGCCGCUGGCACUUGCGCGGCACCAAGAGUCGCUUCCUCUGAGCCCCAAGUACACCGGUCCGCCGCCCGUCGUGUUGUCCCGAGUGAUAUCCUUGAAGGAGAUGUGUAGCAAGUUCUGGCUGGAACGUGUGCAGUACGUGUUGCGCCGCAACAUUCCUAAGUGGCAGGUGUUUGCCGUGCAGAGGUUCCUGGAAGACUUGCCCAGGAACCUCCGCGCCAUGAUGAUCCACAACGCCCUCAAGGCCGGGGGGCUGCACCUGAGACACGGCAGCAGGGAGCUCGCAGCCAUCAACCGAGCUCUGGUCCUUCUCAGCCCCGACAUUCCGGUGACUGAGCCUGUCUACGUGACGCUGCCCCGCCCGGGCCCUGAGGGCGCCGAAUGGCCGCUCGACAUCGAUCUUAUUCUUCGCAACGGUGAAGGCCUGAGCCACCUGGUACUGACGAUGCCGCCGCUCAUGACAGACGCCGUCAAGCGGGUGUUUAGUGACCUUUGCCGCACCUGCAAAAAGCUCAGUCGCGUCAGACUUAUUGAUGCUUCCGACGACGCCUUGACGCUGCUGACGCGGUACUGUCACCUCAUCACGCACCUCGACGUGUCGGGGUCUGCCGGCAUUACCGACGAGGGCAUCAACAGAAUUAUCGUGAACUUGUUGUGGGGCGGAGGAGAUGAACCCGUCAGGCUGCGUCACAUAGACGUCGGGGGCACCAGCGUGACGCAGGAAGGCGUGGCCACGCUACUGACCCGCCUGCCGGAGCUGACCAGCCUCGGCUCCACCGACGUGGUGGAGGCUCUUAAAAUAAUGGACGAGUUGAGUGACGGGGCCGCCGUGACGACUCUGGAGGAGGUGAACGUGCGCUGUGUCACGAUCAACAACUUGCAGCUUCUGCGGCGUAUGUGUCCCGCCGUCAGCAACAUUAACGCCAUCAUCAAUUAUGCUGGAGUCACGAUAAACGAUCUGCGGCUGCUGAGGGAGCUGAGGCAGCUCAAGUUGUCGGUGCAGGAGCCGUACCUGCUGUCACCCACGGCGCUGUAUGAGUUCGCCUGGUCGGUGGGCACGCAGCUGGUGACGCUGCGGUUGGAAGGGGACGUGUACUGGGAGGCUGACUUGGGCGUCCUAGCGGGAAACUGUCCACACCUGGAGGAACUGGCGCUGCCGGCGAUCACGGUGCCCACACGGGAGUCACUAGCGGCUCUCACCAACAAGGACAGCAUCGCUUUGGCGCAGCUCAAGGUGCUGGAGCUGGACUGCAUGACGGGCGUGGGUCCCAAGGCGUGGGCCAAGGACUUCACGCUGGUGCGGCGCGGCAUGACGGCGGCCCUGAGUAAGUGUCGCCAGCUGCGUCGCCUCAUCUGCCGCCCGACCAACCUGGUGGAGACCGACCUGCUGGAGAUCCUCUCAGUGAACAGGAUGACGCGUCUGGAGGUGCUGGAGCUCUACAACUGCGUCCUGGGUCUGGCCUCUGCCCGCCUGCUCGUGGACACCUGCGAGAGCCUGCACGUGAUGAAGGGCCUCCGUACCUGGCGCGGCCUCACCCUGCAGGACCUGGUGCUGCUGAGGAGGCACACGCGGGGCCACCGACGCACAGCGGAGCUCAAGAUACUUCCCUGACGCGGCGCCGGCGGGGUCACGGGGAGGGUUAAAAGGAGAGGAAGGUGCAUGUGACACGUGGGAUGAAGGAAGAGAAUAGAGGAAUGGUUGUCUAGAAAGGAGAUGAAGUGGCAAGUUGAUCUACAGGGGAGAGGGUUGAAAAGAUGACAGAGGAAGAGAGAUGAAGAGAUUGACAGAGAAACAUUGAUACAUAUGAGAGAGAGAUAAGGAGGAACAGAAUGGUUGACUAGAAAGGAGUUGAAAUGGCAAGUUAAUCUACAGGGGAGAGGGAAAAGGAAAAGAUGACAGAUGAAGAGAGAUGAAGAGACUGACAGAGAAACACUGAUACAUAUGAGAGAGAUUAGGCGGAACAGAAGACCGACACACAAAAAAAAUAAUAGAUAGACUUUGAAAGAAUUACAGGGAAGAGUGACAUGAGAGAGAAGAGGAGAGAUACUGAGGAAAAGAAAGAGUAGCUGACAGGGAAAUAGAGGUGAACAUAAGUAGAACAGAGCGUGAGAGGUAGAGAUGAAGAAAGGCAGAAGUAAAGAGGAACAGAAGAAGAGGAAAAUAGAGAUACACAUAAGUAGAAAAGAGCGAGAGAAGUAGAGAUGAAGAAAGGCAGAAGUAAAGAGGAACAGAAGAAGAGGAAAAUAGAGAUACACAUAAGUAGAACAGAGCGUGAGAAGUAGAGAUGAAGAAAGGCAGAAGAAAAGAGGAACAGAAGAAGAGGGUCAUUGAAUGCAAAAACAAGGGAAAAAAGGUCUCUACAUAUAAGGAAGGGCUAGAGGCAGAAAGUGAAAAAAGGUCAUGAAUAUAAGGAAGGGCUAGAGGCAGAAAGUGAAAAAAGGUCAUGAAUAUAAGGAAGGGCUAGAGGCAGAAAGUGAAAAAAGGUCAUGAAUAUAAGGAAGGGCUAGAGGCAGAAAGUGAAAAAAGGUCAUGAAUAUAAGGAAGGGCUAGAGGCAGAACUGGAAAAAAUAGAAGGAGAAUGAAAGGAAACAAUGCCAUCACAAAAGAGGAAAUGUUGAUGUGAAUAAUUGGAUGGAAAAAUAAGAAGAGAAUGUAAACGUAAACGGAAAGAGGUAGGAAAAAAUAAGUUGAAUAAAUAAAAAUAACGAGUAAGAUAAAAAAAAUAAUCAGAUGAAAGAGAAAUAAAGGUGAAUGAACACACUUUGAAUAUCAAGAAAGAUGAUGAUUUAAUUAAGCAAUACAAAAAAAAAAAAUGCAGAAGGCGAACUUGGAGAAACAUGUAUGAUAGGUAUGACUGAUGAUAAUGAUGAUGAUGAUGAUGAUAAUGAUGAUGAUGAUGAUGGUUGAUAAUAAGAAAAUGAACCACAGCACAGAAAAAAAUGAUGAUGUAUUUGUGAUGAUGAUGAUACUGAUGAUGAUGGGUGAUGAUCAGAAAAGGAACCACAACACACACAAAAAAUGGUGAUGUAUUUGUGAUGAUGGUGAUGAUGCUAACGGCGAUGGUGCCAAUGAUAAUAAAAGUUCAGCUCAUCUUUCCCCUCUGAAGUGUCGCUCACCUUUUCUCUCACCUGCGAAAAGGUUAAAAGAUCACACAGGAACGAGACGCAAAUAGCAGGGGCAGGGGCGUGCUGUCGCUUAUCUGUUUCACUUAUGCAUUCACUUAUUUGUUCAUGUUUUCCUGCCAGCGCCUCGGUACAGCAGAGUUGGUGUGGCACGAGGAGGAAAAGCGUGUGUCGAAUAAGCGCGCCUGCGUCGAGCUGCUUCGUCACGGGUCACUGAACGCGGAAAAUGACGGAGGCAAAUGCGUUCUACAAAGCUUUAAAUUCUAACCACAUGAUCAGCGAAUUACUAUUAUUACCAUCCCCACUACUACUUCUACUACUACUACUACUACUACUACUACUACUACUACUACUACUACUACUACUACUACUACUACUACUACUACUACUACUACUCGAAAUUGGCCUUUUUUUAUAGGAGCAAUACUAGCAGGCUCUUUUUUUACUUUUUUUCCCUUGAGCUGCUUCCUUUACUGUAAAAAAAAACUACUACUACUACUACUACUACUACUACAACCACUACUACUGUUACUACUAUUAUUGCCGCUACUGUCUUUAUAGAUGUUCGUGUCUGUGAUAAUUUCUAUUCGUUGAGGUGAAGUGAAAAAUAAAGUAAUUCAGAGA